UAAAACACGUAAUAAUUACAGUACAAAGGAGUUUUUUUAAUUUGUGUUAAAAAUUGAAAAAUAACCCAAAAGAGGAUCACCAACGUUCAGUUAUAUUAAUCAAGCGACUAACAAAAUGCUGCCGCACCUAAGCGCAGACGAGGGCCUGCCGUCCGUGACGCGGAAAGUGUACAUUAAUCCCAAUUUCCAGAUGGCCCGCACGGCGUCUCAUCUGCUGCAAGGCCAAACUGCGCAUCAGCUGCCGCCCUUUCAGGCGCCCCCGCUGCCGCCACAGUACCCGGCGCCCGCCAUCCACAUCAAUCCGCACUUUCUGCAGCGCCAGCGGGCCAUGUACGAGCAGUUCCAGCAGCAACAGCAGCAGGAGUUCCUGCAUCAACAGGUCUCCGCUGCGUACUAUAAACAGACGCCUCCGUUGCCAGUAAUUUCCGUGCCAGCCACACCACCUCCCCCACAGGCCAAGAUAAUCAGCAAGGCGAGCACGUGCCUGGUGCGUAAGGCUCCGGUAAAGGCCGCUGCUCCCCCACUAGUACCUACUCCUCCCGUGGUUGCUUCCUCCCGCACCCAGCCACCCUUGGUCAGCAUUUCCAAGCGAAAGAUUGUGCGCCAAGGAGCUGUGACGGCUGUUCCCGCCCCUCAGACACCUGUGCCGCCUGCCAAGCGCAGCCAGUACAAGUUGGUGCGAUCCAUAUCACUGACCUUUACUCCCUUGGUCAAGAAGCGGCGGUCGCUGCGGGAGUUCGUGGGACAGUACGCCCUGAGACGAACCAACGAAGAUGCGGAGCCAAAGAAGAAACUGAGAUCCGAGCAACAGCUACUUAAGCUGGGCGUUAACAAGUCCCUCAGUAUGGUCAGCAUACAUGGCGUGAUGUACAGGAAGAUAUCGAAGAACAAGUUAACGAAGCUGGAUGCCAGGACUGCGGCUCCCAGGACUCUCAAGCCACCCUUGUCUGGACGGGCGCUGUUCGUCAGCGGAAACAAGUUCAUACUGGAUCCAUCGGGCUGCCGUCUAACCAGGGUUUCAUCGUCUUCAACUCCGCGACUACCGUCAGCUGCUGCUGCACCACAGAUGAGCGUGAAUCGCACCAUGAUCCGGCGCAUCGAUAUUGGUGGCCUCACGUAUGUGGCCUCGCCCAAGACCCAGAACGUCUUCAUUCGUACCACGAAUCACUUGUCGAGGGCCCAUCUGAUCACCGCCAGGCAGAGGAGUUUGACGCUGCUGAACAAGUCGCGGGUGAAGACCAAUGUGCCUUGUGCCAUCUACCAGAAGCUGGGCAAAUGUGCUGCCCACAGUCGCGGCAAGUGUCGCAAGCUGCACGAUCAGCGACAGGUUGCCAUCUGUACCAGCUUCCUGCGCGGCGAGUGCUCCAAUCCGGACUGCCUGCUCUCGCACAACGUCACGCUGGAGAAGAUGCCUGUCUGCCGGUACUUUCUGCGCGGUGUCUGCGUCCGCGAGGAUUGUCCGUACCUGCACAAGAAGCUCAGCCGCAAGGCUGGGAUCUGCAUUGACUUUGUGCGCGGCUACUGCCCGCUGGCUGCCGAGUGCAACAAGCGUCACGAAUUCGCAUGCCCGGAGCUGGAGCGCCAGGGAAAGUGCGAGUUGUCCAAGUGUGUGUUCUGUAAGAAGGCGCCAUCCAAGCGUUUGGUCAAGUCGCGGCCCAUGACUGUUAUUCUUAAGGUUGCUAAGACCGAGAAGACCCAGAAGAAGGAACUGGAAGACAAGGCUGCUGACGUUCCCAGUAGCUCAAGGUACUUCAGAUGCGACGGUGACCAGGCGAAAAGUCCCAAAGACGAAAAGGAAAGGAAGGAACCUCUGGAGGAGAAAGAUGAGGAAGCGGAAGACCCGGCGGAAACCGAAGCCACUGUCGGAGUGCUCAAGCGCCCAACCCUGGGAACGCUGCCCGCUUUCAUUCCCCUGGGCGACGGCAGUGAAGAGGAUUGAUAGAGCAACUGUUCGGAGACUUGGACCCAACGUUUCAGGUACAAAUAAUUUGGUUAAGUAUCGUUAUAGCGUAGCGUUUAAUCUAAGCAUUAUUUUACUAGCUUAAUUUCUACAUUCAAAAUAAAGACCAAUAUAUUUGC